UGUUUUUAAAGCUCUAUAUUUUUUUAUAUAAAACAAAUACGCGAGUUAUUGGAAAUAUUAAAAACGUAUUUUACAUAUUAAAUACUGCAGUUCUUCUUUCAUUUACAUUUCUAAUAAAAACCGCCUUAACCAAAUAACGCUGUGGGACUUUUAUUUUGAAGGGAAAAGAUGGCGGCCUCUGUGCUGAAGGUUGCAGUGACGUGCCUCUCCAGGUGUGCCCAGCACCGUGCUGCAGCGGCGAGGACGUUCUCCUCCUCCUUAUCUGUGAGACAGAGCGUUCCUCCAGCCUUGUGGAAGCUGGGCAGGCUGAAUCACGUGGCCAUUGCUGUUCCUGACCUGGAAAAAGCCACAGCUCUGUACCGGGAUGUGCUGGGCGCCCAGGUAAGCGCAGCUGUGCCUUUACCUGAGCACGGGGUUUAUACGGUGUUUGUGGAGCUGGGCAACACUAAGCUGGAGCUUCUGCAUCCUCUGGGAGAGAAAAGCCCCAUCGCAGGCUUCCUGCAGAAGAACAGAUCAGGAGGGAUGCACCACAUCUGCAUUGAGGUGGAUGAUAUAAACACAGCGAUAGCAGAUCUGAAGGUGAAGAACAUCAGGCUGCUCUCAGCAGAGCCACGAAUAGGAGCUCACGGAAAACCUGUGAUGUUCCUCCACCCAAAAGACUGUGAUGGAGUUCUGGUGGAACUAGAACAAGCAUAGAGUCCCACACUCGCCAUCCACCACCUUCAACCAACAAACCCAGUAUAACAGAGUGGAAUCCACUGUAAUCUGAGUCUGGUGUGGGGAAUUUAUUAUAAGGGGAAGAUCAAAGAAACAAGUGUAGAGAAAAUCCAGUUUUAUCAUACGGUGUGUGUGUGUGUGUGUGUGUGUGUGUGUGUGUGCGUGUGAUUAUGUACUGCUCUCUGUUCUGUAGUAGAUUUUUUUUCUCCUGAUUGGAACACAUUAUUUGAUGAAAUUAAACUGUAUAUUAACAUAAACACACAUGAUUUCUAUGAAAACACUAAAAUACAUUUCUGAAGGAAUAAGUGUAAUAAAGGUGCCAAUGCAAGUA